UUGCUGCUGCUGCUGCUGCUGCUGUUGAUAUCUCUAAUAUGUGUGUACAUUUGUUGUUGUUGUUCCCUCGGACCGAAUCCUGACGGUGGCGGCAGCCCGACAAUUGAUGAAGGUUCAGUAUUUGCGUUGCAUUCCUUACGCGAGCAUCCCGCGCCACCGAGCGAUCCCGGGGCGUACUGUGCGCGUUUCGCUCUGUCCAAAUCUGCUUGUGUCAUUGCGGGGUUUUAGUGAAAGAGUGAAGUGUGUGCUGAAAAACAGGCGGUACAGCCAAAACACACGGUGUGGUGGUAUUGUACGGUGGGUGCUGCCACUGCCACUGAUUGGCAAUCGGCAUUUUUUUCCGGUAAGCGUUGUGUUUGGGUGUGUGUGUGUGUGUGUGAGGGUGUUUGUUUUGCGCGAAACAGGGCCAACAAUUGAAAGGAGCAAAAUUGAUCGAUGCAUCGUGCACCCUAUAUCCCUGUGCUGCACCGCAGCACCGUGAGUGACGGCGUGAAGCGUUCGGAUGCUUUAGUGUCUGGUGUCUGGCAUCAUCUGAUUCUGGUGUGAUACUAACCGAUCGAUGGGUGGCGAUGGAUCAGGGCCACAGUGCCAAGCUUUCUGAUGUGGUGUACGUAACACUGGUUUGUGCUUCAUGUUGCGUGUGUGCAUGUGUAACACAGUGUGGUUAAAAAGCAGGAUAAUAAAAGAAUGCGAGUGUUAUUGUUGAGCGACAAGGCUGUUCGAAACUAAUCACCACUGAACAAGAAUCCAGCUGCACCACGGUUAAAAAUCGUAGCAUGCAAUAAGGCCAAGCGUUAAAAAGUGGAGAAAACCCUCUUGCACCCCUCCACCUAAGGUGUUGAUCAUAGUAUUGAGCAUUCGCCCUGAGGGGCCCUUUCCGCUGCGUGCGCGCCUUCGUGAAUAGGGACACGUGAAAAAAAAAACAAAAGCUCCGAACGAGUGGGCGAGAGAGCAACAGCAAAAAAACCGAGCUGGCACAAAAACCUGUAGCUGAUAAUUGCAUUUUAAUUAUCCAGUCCUUUCCUCCGGACCGGAUCAUCCGAAAACAAAGUGGUCAGCGGCUGAUGGACGGCUCGUAGUGUGCGUGUUGCUUACGGUGGGUAAAUAAUCAAACGCGCGUGAUAGAGAGAGAGAGAGAGAAAGUGCGAGCUUUUAAUUGAUAACGCGAAGCUCCCCUUCGUACACACGCAGUGGUGGUGGUGGUGGUAGUGUGCACAGCUGGCGAUGAUGCUGAUGAUGCCGGCGGAUGGUAAUUUGCGCGGUAGUAGUAGCAACAGCAGCAGCAGCAGCAGCACAGCCGUGCCAGUAGUGGUGUGUCCGUUGCCCGCGUGCCGAAGGUAAGAAGCCCGUUCCAGUGCGUGCGUCGUCCGGUCGAUUCAUUAGGAAGUCAUAAAAUGAAGCGCCUGUGUGCAGGUUGACGAAAACGGAAGAAAAAAGGCUCUCCGGAAGAUUGAGUGAAAAUACAGUGACGCGAUCUAACGCAGUGUGUGUGUGUUUGCGUGUGUGGUGUAGCUGCGUAUGUGUGCCGUGGCCCUUUUUCAAUGUCGAUGCGCGUCGAUAACUAGACGAGUGUGUGAAGUAAAAACGUGUGGAUGGUGGUGUUGGUGAGAGGUUUGAUUAUUUCCGCACAGCAAGUUGUGAAAUUGAGAGCUGCCAGUGUGACGCCGGUCUCUUGAGUAAGUGUUGAUAAUCGUUUAGCCAAGUAGUACGGCUCCUUUGAAAGUGCAAGGCUAUUGACGGUUGCGGACUCGUUGAUCAAUAGAGCAUCUUUUUGUGCUGACAGCAUUCUGUAGUAGGCCGUGUAGUACUUGGAGUAGUCUUCGUGCUUGCCUUCCAUUAGACCCGAUAGAGGGAAGCGAUCCAAAGCACCCCUGUAUCAAGACGAUUACGGUACGACGAGGGGAUGGGCGCACUAAACACCGCCCGGUGGUGGCAUCAAGCACAUCCGGCUACAGCUAUUAGUGGAAUGAUGGUGGCUGCACGAUCCAGAUCGGCCGCCAGUGGUGGCAAAAACAGCGUCCACACCAACGGCGACGGUGGCACUAACGAGAUGGCGAAGCGCAAUGGCCGCCGAGCCAUCGUUACCGCAAAGUGCGCCGGCGACAAUGGCAGCAGCAGCAGCAGCAGCAGCGGCGGCAGUGGCAUCAUCACGGCGGUCGCCGGCCAUCGAAGUCAACGAGGCGUAGUUAAUUGCUUUCUACGAUUUAUUUUCCUUCGCAACAUGUUCAUCCUCCUGGUCGUCAUCAGCGGGCUGCUAGUGUCAACGGCAGAUGCGGUCAUCUCCAGUCGUGGUAACAGCAGCAGCAGCAGUAAGGGCAGCUCCCCACCAAACAAUGGAUUGGUGCCGCGGUUUAUAUCACGGGGUCACACCUACCGAGCCGUCGUCGGUGACACGCUGGUACUUCCGUGCGAGGUAGAAAAUUUAGGAACGCUCGUACUGCUGUGGCGACGAGGCUCGAAUGUGCUUACCGCUUCGCAGCUGAUGGUUACCCGUGACGAGCGGAUACGGCUUGUCAACGGGUAUAAUCUGGAGAUCUCCGAGCUGGAACCGCAAGACGCCGGUGACUACGUCUGUCAGAUCAGCGACAAGGUCAACAAGGACCAGGUGCACACGGUGGAAAUUCUCGUGCCACCGAGUGUGCGGGCCAUUCCACCGACCGGUCAGGUGACGGCACGCAAAGGAGGCGCCGUAACGCUCGAAUGUAAAGCGUCCGGUAAUCCGGUCCCAUCCAUCUACUGGACCAAGCGGACUGGAACGGGCAAAUCGGCUGCCAAGAUCGGCGAAGGGCCCGUACUGUCGCUCGAGCGCGUCGAACGUCAGCAGGCCGGUGUGUAUCAGUGCACCGCGGACAACAAUGUCGGCGAACCGGUCACCGUGGACAUGCGGCUGGAUGUGCUCUAUCCGCCCGACAUCAGUGUGGAAAAGUCGUGGAUCCAUUCGGGCGAGGGAUUCGAGGCACAGCUCGAAUGUAUCGUGCAUGCGGAUCCGCAACCGACGGUCUCGUGGAAUCAGAACUCAUUUCCGCUGCAGCCAACCGACCGGCGUACGAUGUCGUCCAGGGGCAACCGGCACACGCUCACCAUACGCCACGUGCAGCAGGAAGACUUUGGCAACUACAGCUGCGUUGCGGACAACUCGCUGGGCCGUUCGAAGAAGUACAUGGAGGUUUCGGGGCGGCCAGGACCGGCCGAUUUCCUGUCGCCGCCGUGGAGCCGCUCAACAGACAGCUUUAACCUGACCUGGAAAGUCGAGAGCUACCCACCGCUGCAGGAGGUCCGGCUGCUCUACCGGAAGCUGAUGAUGAACGAAACGUUCCAGCAGCCUGGCCGAUGGCACGACGUCAUCCUAACGCCCGCCCCCCGGCCCCCAUCGGAACCGUUGACGCACGUGAUGGCGUUCACACUGCGCGGGCUGCAGCACAGCUCGGUGUACGAGGCGAUCGUGCAGGCGAAAAAUCGCUACGGCUGGAACGAGGUGAGCGACAUCUUCCAGUUCUACACGCAGCGAAUAACGUCCGACAUACACUCGGAGGAGAUGCAGGUCGCUAGCUCGACGUCGCGCUCGGGGGCCACCACGCUACACCGGACCGCACCACCGGUCGGAACGGCCUGGACGCUGUUGGCGCUACUGGCUACGCUCAUCCCUUGGCUACUGCUGCACGGUGGCACGCUUGCCGAUCGCUCCAAGGUCAGCAACUAAGCAGCGUCAGCAUUGCGAUCAGCACCCGGAUGUGACCGAAGUAACCGACCCGUUCGCGAGCCGAUGUUUGCGGACAUGUUAGACUGUAAGUUUUCUUUGCCGAAUGGGGGACACCAUAAACCAAAAACCGGGGGAAGGAGGAUUGCUGCAUCCGAAAGAGCCUCCCCUGCUGCAGCCGUGUUCGAUCGUCAUCAGAAUGUGCCAGCGCAGAAAAUGCUUCUUCAAUAUCCAGCCGUCUGCUUAAUUUGUAACGAGCAAUUCCAAAUCAUCCAACAUUCCAACGAGGGCUGGAGCGAAAGGACAGGUUCAGACACUCCCAAGACGCACACCGAGCCGAUACAAUCGAUAAGACGUCCACCUUGGCAGGCACGGUCGCGUGACGGGCAGCCAAAACUGAACCGUACUUUGAUAAUUAGCUAGAGGGCAAAACAGGCUGGCAAGGCAAACUAAAGCUUGUGUCUGUGUAUCAAAGCAGAGGGGGGGGGGGGGGGGGAGGGGGAAGAUGUAGCAAACGGACACCCAUACAUAUGCCAAAGAUUCGAUACAAAGCACUCACACACACACACACACACACACACACACACACACGCAGAGCAAUUUUCUGUGCGCUUUUGAACUUUUCCCCCGUUUCCUUCUCUGUGUGCGAACUCCUGCCUGAAAAGAACGGUCCUUUCAUUAUGUAUAGAUGUAUAUGUGUGUGGGUGUGUGUGUCCAACUUCGUACUAGUUUAGGAGAUCGAGGGAAUGGGCUCACCUUAGAAACUUUAGUGAUGCUUGCACAUUCGGUCACCGCCGGCCCGCCGUAACUCUCGUGUAUAUACUCGCAUACUCCUUCCCAUGAUGCCCUGUGUCGAUAGGGAACCGCCACCAUCAUCUGCCACGCAUCUCAUUGAGCGUCACACACACACACAACCGUGGAGGGCGCGACAGAACCUCCUCCACAUAAGGGGACCGCCGAGCAGCAGAUGGAUGCUGGGAAUGUUAGGGAAAAUCGAAAACUUUUGCUUGUACCUUGUACUACCACCAUCACCGGUGGUCCACCUCGCCCGUGGAAUCAGAGCGAACAGGCUCGUGAUAGGUGACAGACAACGGCCCGACGCUGUGACACUCGACACAGCGAACAAAGUUGUACGAGCAGCCUCGCCUGGCAUCAUUACUAAUGCAACAACGACAGGCAAAGAAUCGGCAACGAUCGUGGCGUGGCGUGCUGGCAGUAGAAGUUUGCCGAAUGUCUGGAUGCCGGGUUGUGUCCCCGGUGUCCCGGGUGUGUGUGUGUGCGGCUAAUGUUUAGAUAAAGUCUUAAGCAAAUUAAAAUCAAUUCGGCUGCGCGUUUCGUGUGUAGUGUUUCGUGUGGCGCGCGUGUGCGCCAUAUGCGUUUCACGUUGUCAAAAGAACGAGCGAGAGAGACCUACCAACAACUCGUGUGCCCAAUCGACCCUCCCCGUACGGUGAGAAUGCCAGCACAUGAUACCACUUUUUGAACCCUUCGUACACGCGCACACAUACACACACACCCACACUCCGCCGGGAGGGAGCCUGUCUUUUGUAAAUACAUUUUAAACCAUUGUUUUGAUUAUCAAAAAGUCAACCUUUUGCCGUUCGGCGCCACCUUUCCCCCUGAGGAGGGGCCUCGUUUAACCAAAACGCCCACGGAACGUUUCAAUAAUGAGAUAUGACGAAGUUAUUACCCAUCGCACACACACGCGGGCAGUAGGUGGAAUAUGGCGGAAUGGUUGCAAAGGAUUGCGGGGAAACGCUCAUGGCGUCACCGUGGACCGGGGAAAACUUUCCGAAAAUCGUUCCAUCGUUGCAUCUAUCUCUUUCUCUCCCUCUCUCUCUCUCUCUCUCUCUCUCACUCGGUCUCCGUUUCUUGGGAGGCAGUGUAGAAUCAAUUAAAAUGUGAAAAUAUACAAACACUCGACGAGCGAACUGCUGUGCUGCCUUUCCAACCAUUUUUCCAAUAUCGACUCAGCCUACCGAGGCUCCUGGCACACACACACACACAAGCCAAACCAAGACCACUCAUACACCCACUUUGUUUUCUCUGUGCGCAAGUUUGGCCGCUACUGUACCCACAAGGCUUACAAGGACAGCGAUGCGGAGCGGGCCCGAUCGUAACUCGAGUUUGCCUAACGAUCACACCCUGCAGCUGGAGAGGUUGUUUUGCUACUGCUCGCCUGCUGUUUUGUUAGUAGACAAUUUGGCAAACUUUAUCAAACUUUGUCCAGCUUUCUGUCCCCAUCCCCCUCUCCUCCCUCUUCACGUCCAGUUGUUGCGCGUUCCAGGCUCUAACCAUCACAAAUCGAACGGGCCAAUCGAUUUGAAAAAGGGAAAUACUGUUCCACAACUUGCUAGCGCACGGCCCCGUGAGGUGGUGAGGGAUUUUAAAACGAAAUUAGUAUAUUUUAGUCCUCUACUAAAAUUUCAAACACAAAAAGAAGAUCCUUACCAUCCGGAGUCCCACCCUGAGGGGAUAUUUUUCGGUUUCGAUGAAGUGAGCACUUGCCUUCCAGCGAGGAUAGGAUUAGCGACGAUUCCGCUUGCGCCCUUUUUGACGGACGGACACACGGAGCGUUAUGAUUGUUGUCAAACGACCACUGCUGACGUGCGUUUUGUCUCUCCCGGGGCUGCACAUUCUUUUGUGUGGUUUUUAACACUUUACCCCCACCCGAAGCCCGGCCCCCUUCAUCGGCUUUCCCAAAGGAUCGGUUCGGCCCUUAAAAGGAAACUUCUCCAAGUUAUGUUGAGCGUUUUUCUUUCCACUUGGGUGUGUUUUUUUCCUCGCAUACUUUUAAUCCAUUUGAAAGCGCGUGUUGGUGUGUGUGUGUGCCAGAUCCAACCUUCCGUUUUACACUUCACGUUGCUUCUCGCACGAUAAUCGGAGCUUGAUCCAUGCGGCCAGAAUCCAACACGUCAAUGCGGUCGGCUUCUGUCGGCUGUGUGUUAAAAGUUUUUCGGCCCGGUCCAUAAAACUUCCGGGCCCAACAUUAUCUUACGUCCGCAUCCGGCAGUGCGGCGGGACACACGGAAGCGAGACACACUGGCAGGAAAGCUCUCGCCCAAUGCCAAGAAAUGUUCGGGCAACCCCUUUUCUUUUCAUAAAGAAUUUGGAGAACCAAAGCAACCAAACAAAACAAAAAAAAACCCUCCCGGAAACGUGUUGUCACACAGCGUUCGAGGUGACAUUCAUUCAGUGGGGCAAACUGGAGCCACAAUGGGAAUGGCAGCAUUAAAGCAAAAAAAAAAAACAAAGAAAGAGAUAAAGGGAAGAAAGUCGGUGGAAAGGGAACUGCAGCAGUGUCGCGCACUUUUGAUGCACUCAACCGUGAAUAAGCCCUGGGUUGCCGCCGUUGCCGUCGCCGGCCAUGAUGAAUGGGUUUUGCUGGUGAUGGGUUUCAGUUUUUGGGAUGCGCCAACUUUUCGUUCCCCGUAAACCCUUUCCCCCGUCCCCAGGGGUUUCGGUGGCAGCGCCACGAGUAGCAGCAUGUCGGACGGCAAAGCAAAGCAUCUUUUGGGCCAAAAUUUAAACCGACCUCUCAAUCAAAACGGCUCAAUGAAAUGCGACAGCAAAAGAGCGGUUGGUCUAGAUUGCAUGUUCAUCCACCUCCCCCACCCGUGGUAAAUGCUCCCUCCCCCCCCC